AUGAUUUUGACACUCGAAUGUCUGAAAUCCAUAAUUGCCAUUUUCAUCAUAGUUCUUUCGGGGGCUACUUGGGGGUCUACGGGUGCUCAAUCCAAGACUGCGACUACGUUGAAUGAAGCUUCCCUUGCUACAAAACAUGAGCUAUGGAUGGCUCGGUAUGAACGUGUAUACGCAGACAAUGCAGAAAAGGAGAGACGUUUCAAGAUAUUCAAGGACAAUGCGGAAUACGUACACAAGUUCAACGAUGAAGAGAAUAAUCACACUUAUAAGUUAAGCCUCAACGAAUUUGCAGACUUAACCGAUGAAGAAUUCUCGAGGGCUUAUACUGGGUGCAAGAGGUCCAUUCGUUCAGCAGGAUCAUUUAAAACGAUCGACCCUAUCAAGUACGAAAAUCUGACUGAUGUUCCAUCUAGCAUUGACUGGAGAGAGAAAGGAGCUGUUACCCCAGUAAAAUAUCAAGGCCAAUGUCGAAGUUGCUGGGCGUUUUCAGCAGUGGCGGCUGUGGAGGGGAUUACGAAAAUCAAAUCCGGUAAAUUGAUCUCUUUCUCAGAGCAAGAAUUAGUGGACUGUGAUAAAAUCGAUGGUGAUAAUCAUGGUUGCAGCUAUGGUCACCUGGACAGUGCCUUUGCUUACAUAGCACAUGCCGGCAUUUCCAGUGAAUCAAAUUACCCAUACACAGAAAAGGAAGGAACUUGUGAUACUAACAAGACAAGGGACUAUGCUGCCAAGAUCACAAACUAUGCCAUCGUUGAUCUUAACAGCGAGACAGAACUAUUAAAUGUGGUUUCUAAGCAACCGGUCUCAGCAAUGGUUGACAGAAAAGGGAGGGAGUUCAGACUUUACUCCGGUGGAGUCUUCUCUGGAGAAUGUGGGACAUCACUGGACCAUUCUGUAACGGUCAUCGGGUAUGGGAGGACUGAGGAUGGCAUCAAGUAUUGGCUAGUGAAAAAUUCAUGGGGUGAGCACUGGGGAGAGAGUGGCUACAUGAGAAUCCGCAGAGGGGUUGAUGCUCCACAAGGUCUUUGUGGUAUUGCUAUGCAACCUUUAUAUCCGAUUGUUUAACCACAAAUUUUGUACAAGG